AUCAUGAAGUCGCGCCUCAGCUGGACCGCGUAUGAGACGUGAACAUUGUUGACCACACGUACUGAAAGCAACAUGACGUCUUGAGUUUUUACCAGCUGAAAUUUAACAGAGCUGUUAUGUUUCUUCCGUCCGCUGGAGGCCACCAAACACAAUUCCUUUCAAAUUGUAAAAGAUUUCACGAAGAAGUUGUUGAGCGGAAGACGUUAGCAAGUUAGCUUCCCUGUUUGUAUAGACGCAUCAUGGCAGAGUUGAACCGGCAGCUGCAGGACUAUCUGGCCCAGUCUAAGGGCGGUGGUACCGCCAAAACAAUCUCCCAAUCUCGCUCUAGUACCACGGUGGAGCUAGGCGACCCGGAGCCGGUACCUGGGAGUUGGUUCGGCCGGUGGUCCAGUCCGUGGUCCGGAAACCGCGGUGGCACCGCUGCGACACAGAGCUCCAGUGGCAGUUGGCCGUGGUCUGCCGAGCCGGAUCCCUGCCUGCCCGGCGUGAGCCGACGCCAGCGGCUAGUGAUCUUCGGGAUGUGCGCGGCGUUGUCAGCGCUGUGUUUCGGUCUGUCGAUGCUCUACGCGCCUUUGCUGCUGCUCUACGCGCGCAAAUUCGCGCUGCUCUGGUCGCUCGGUUCGCUCUUCGCCAUCGCGGCCGCCGCGAUCCUCCGCGGACCCAGCAAACUGGCCGCCAGCGUGCCUACUUCACCCGGGGCCGCCGUCUACCUGUGCGCCCUCGGAGGGACUUUGUACGCCGCGCUGAGCCUCCACAGCACCGUGCUGACCGCGCUCGGAGCCGCCGCGCAGGUCACCGCCAUUGUUUACUACGUGGUGUCGCUGAUGCCCGGAGGUAGCGCCGGGAUUCGCUUCGUGGGAGGCAUGGCGGCGUCCGCCAUCAAAAGGACCGUGAGUGGCAAAACGAUACCGAUAUGACGUCACAGCGUCCCAGAGACUUGAUUUGUGCACAACCAGCAGUGGAUAUCGGACUUUUUAUGGUCGACAUUUGUGCUUCCUGAAGUGUGAAUGUUUAUUACGUCAUGAAAACAUUUCUUACAAAAAGCAACAUGGAAAGAGGAGACUGACUGUUAGCUGAAGAUAAGUUUGACCAGUCACAUGAUCAGUGUCACAUGACUUGCCUUCAGUCAGCUGAUUUCACAGCAGCACAUUGACAGUCACAUAAGAGUCCUUUCAUUGGACCAUGAGGGGUGGGGGAAGUCCGUGACUACCGACCUCGGCCACCGCUCCUCAUCACGCCUCUGGGUGGGGGGGCUCCUCUCCUGAGUGCUGGAGCCCAGCCACCCCGUCCGCCCCUCCCCGGUGGACCGUAACUGCUAUCAUCCCUCUGAAGAGGUCGCCCUGUCAGGGGGACAAAGCAGAGCCCAAGUCAACACCUUGAUAUGAUUGAUCGAUGGUUAUCCUUAUCAAUGGUCGUUAUUGAUGAUUGUCAUUAUUAUUGAUGAUUGAUUUCUAAUGGAAUUAAAAAGACAUUAUUUUCAGCUGUGCAUG